CAGGCCAAACCCGAGCUGGGCGGCCUCAGUACGGACCUAGGCAGAGGCCUGGCCUGGCCUGGACCCGGAAGCGCCAGGUGGUGCUGCCAAUGGGACGCACGCCCUCGCUCCGAGGAGAAUUUAAGAACCGAGGGGAGAGAGGACUAGAGGAAAGAGAGAGGGGGAGGUCGACGAGACAGAGAGAGAAGGCCAAGAGGCUUCCUCUCCCCAUUCCUCCCUUCCGUGCCCUAGCCGAGCCAGCCGCGAGGAAGGAGGCAUCCCGCCGUCUCGCCUGGCGCCCGCCCGUCGGCCGACCUUCUGCCGCAGCUUCCAAGUGAGCGUCGGAAUUUCUGUCCUUGAUUCGCAUGAUCCGGUGUUUUCUUGGACCUCUCGCGGCCAUCUUUGGAGGUUCUUUGCGCGUUCCUGUUUUCGAUGUGGAAUUGGGGUUUGGGGGACUGUCACCGCUAUAAAGCUGCGGCCUGCCAGGCGCAAAAUUGGGCUAGAGGAAAGAACGGACCUGAGCUUCGCUUCUUGCUGCCGCUGCCGCUGCCGCGUUGUAAAAAGAUCAUAGAUUUUUGUGCAAGAGCGAGUGGAUAUGGAACCAUCCCCUCAGCCUAUGGGUGUCGCUGCCGGUGGGUCACAAGUGUAUCCUGCCUCUGCCUAUCCGCCUGCAGCAACAGUAGCUCCUGCUUCUGUUGUAUCUGCUGGUUUACAGUCAGGGCAGCCAUUCCCAGCCAAUCCUGGUCAUAUGAGUGCUCAGCACCAGAUUGUCUACCAACAAGCUCAACAAUUCCACCAACAGCUCCAGCAGCAACAACAACAGCAGCUUCAGCAGUUCUGGGUUGAACGCAUGACUGAAAUUGAGGCGACGACUGAUUUCAAGAACCACAACUUGCCACUUGCGAGGAUAAAGAAGAUCAUGAAGGCCGAUGAAGAUGUUCGCAUGAUCUCAGCUGAAGCUCCUGUAGUCUUUGCAAAAGCUUGUGAGAUAUUCAUACUGGAGCUGACACUUAGGUCGUGGAUGCACACUGAGGAGAACAAGCGCCGCACCUUGCAAAAGAAUGACAUUGCAGCAGCGAUCACUAGGACUGACAUUUAUGACUUCUUGGUCGACAUUGUUCCCAGGGAUGAGAUGAAGGAGGACGGAAUUGGGCUUCCUAGGGCUGGUCUGCCACCCAUGGGAGCCCCAGCUGAUGCAUAUCCAUACUACUACAUGCCACAGCAGCAGGUGCCUGGUUCUGGAAUGGUUUAUGGUGCCCAGCAAGGGCACCCAGUGACUUAUUUGUGGCAGGAGCCUCAGCAACAGCAGGAGCAAGCUCCUGAAGAGCAGCAAUCUGCAUGAAAGUGGCUGAGAAUAUUGCUCAGAAGCUAUCACCUGAUUCAGAGUUCUCAUUUUAGGUUGUCCAAACUGCAGGUUUUCUUAGUAAUAUCGUUGGUUAUCAAACUGAAACAGGCGAUUCUAAGUAGGGUGUAGCAUCAUGGUAGUUUCAUUUCUGCUUGUGAUGUUAGUUGAAAGGAUAAUGAUUAGUGGCUAGUGGAUUAAAGUUACCAUACCAUUUCCUUCUAUUCCGAAAGUUUGCCUCCAUGAGGCCUCUGAUAUGACGUGCUAGUUGUUAAUGCUUCUAUGCUCUGCUUGUGCUGUACAGUUCAAGCUGUUUUUUUGGUUGCUCUUGAUUUGUAGCAUGUAAGGUGCUGUUAAUU